AUGCUUCUCGGCACCUUCUGCAGCUCCGACGAGCUGCCGGCCCCGCGUUUGAACCACCAGCUGGACCUAAGCGAGAGUGCAGAAGAUGAUGCGGUGAAGCUGGCCAGGUCUGCUGAUGAUUAUGGCCGCCGCCCCAGAAAAAGCUUCGAGGGAGAGGGAGCGACAGAUGUCAGGCUGCUCGCCAUGGCUAUUGGAGCCGGCAGCUGCGAAGAGCUGCUGAUCCGGGGAAGCAAAACUUCUCGUCGAGUCACGGAUGUUGGGCUCACUGCUGUUGCUCGGGGAUUCCCUUCUCUGAGGGUUCUGUCGCUGUGGGACUGCCCCUCUGUCAGUGACGAGGGUUUAGUCCAGAUUGCUGGCGGCUGCCCUCUACUGGAGAAGCUCGAUCUCUCCAAAUGCCCCCAGAUAUCAGAUUUGGGCAUCGCGGCCAUCGCCCGCAGGUGCCAGAAGCUUUCCACACUGACGCUUGAAUCAUGCCAAGGGAUUGGUGACGAGGGUCUCCAAGCCGUCGGGCGCUCUUGUCCAGAUAUCAGAUCCAUCUCCCUUGUGGACUGUCUACUUGUGGGUGACCAAGGAAUAGUCGGCCUGGUCUCAUCACCUUAUUCCUCCACCAUACAGAAGAUUAAGCUCCAGCGUCUGAACAUAUCCGAUGCGUCUCUUGCUGUUGUGGGGCUCCACGGGAAAUCAGUAACCGAGCUUGUUCUUGCCGGCCUCCAGAACGUGACUGAGAGGGGGUUCUGGGUGAUGGCCUCUGCAGGCGCCCUCCGGACGCUCAAUUCUCUCACCAUCGCCUCGUGCGACGGCCUGACAGACCUGAGCCUUGAAGCUGCUGUGAAGGGAUGCUUACUCUUAAAGCAUGUUUGCCUGAGAAGAUGCUUCAGCCUGUCCGACGCCGGCCUCAAGGCUUUUGCCGCCGCGGCGGGCUCACUCGAGAGUCUUCAGCUCGAGGACUGCCGCCGACUCAGCCUAUGCGGUGUGCUCGACGCGGUCUUAUCCUGCCGCAGCUCAGACAAGCUGAGGGCCUUGUCUUUGGCCGGGUGCAUGGGGGUGAAGGACGACGAUGGCUGUAGUCCAGAGUCUCUCUCAUCCCCCUCCUACCCAUCCCUGAGAUUCUUGAGCAUUCGUCACUGCCGGGGCUUUGGCGACUCCGGUUUGGCCACCGUCGGGAAGCUCUGCCCUCAGCUGCGCCACAUUGAGCUCUGCGGAAACGCCGAGGUGACCGAACGGGGCCUCUGUACGCUGAUUGAGGAUAGCGGUCUGGACCUGGUCGCGGUUAAUCUCAGCGGAUGUGUCAAUCUGACGGACGACGCCGUCACUGCCCUCGCCAGACGCCACGGGGGGAGCCUCCGAGUCCUCAAUCUCGAGAGAUGCGCGAAGGUCACCGACAAGAGCCUCUCGGCCAUUGCGGAUUUCUGCAUAGCGCUCCAGGACCUCGAUGUGUCGCGAUCCGCUGUGACUGACGAGGGCGUCGCCUCCCUCGCAUCAUCAGUGGUGCUCGAUUUGCAGGUCCUCUCGCUAUCUGGGUGUCCAAACAUCUCCGAGAGAAGCGUUCCCCACCUGAGCAACCUCGGGCAGUCUCUGAUGGGCCUCGGUCUCCAGCACUGCUACUCCAUUGGCAGCCACGCCAUAGCUGCGUUGCAGCACAAGAUGCGGUGGUGCGACAUUCUUUGUUGA